UAGCCACUGCCAGAUUAAAAACUUGACUGAGAAGAUAUAUCUGCUGGUUUGCUUUGAAAAGUUUAACUUUCAUCAAAAACAUUCUUUUCCUUCUACUCAUUAGCCUAAUAUAUUGUUUACAUAUAUUGUUACAAAUUUGUAGUUCUAUUUUAUUUAAAAUGCUGUCUGCUCAUCAGAUAUUCAGAGAUUCCAAAGAGAAUGUUUUGACUUCUGUGGCCAAAGAUAGAAAACUAAACUCUGCUGAUAAUCAUAAAAAUGCUGAUCUGACAAUAUCAACAAAUAUUUACUGUGAAACAAAGUCAAAUCCUGAUUCUGUAGAAAAAAGUAAAAAAGAGUCUUCUCCUACUAUGAAAAGUUGUCCAGAAAUUGAAGUAAAGAAUCAAGAAGAUGUAUUGAAGGAGACGAAGAAAUCUGAAGAUGUAAAAGUGUGCCCUGAAAUUGAAAAUAUGUAUAUUUAUAAGGGACCAAAAGAUGAGUAUGAAGAGGAUAUACCAGAAGAUUUAGGGUUAACUAAAGAUGAACUUGAUAUCUACGAUGGAACCGGAUGUUUAGAAAGAUUUGAUAGGACUGAGAAUUACAUACUGGAAUUUCGUGUUGAUGAUGAGGGUGAAGAUAUUAUACCAGAAGAUUUAGGAUUACCUAGAGAUGAACUUGAUUUCUUCGAUGGAACCAGUUAUGUAGGAAGAAUUAUUAAUGAGACUGCGGAAAAGGAAGCCAUACUAAACUUCACUUUAGAUUUUUCUGAUUUCCAUACUCCUCCAUCACCACCUGUGCCUUAAAAAAACGUGUUUGUUGAAAUACCUAUUCCAUUUAAUCCCUUUCCAAGUCUUCAUACAGACUAGAAUUGAAAUUUUAACAGAAUUUUUUCACUUCAUUUAUAGACACUUUUUUUUUGACUAAAUAUAUUUAUUUUAGUCAAAAUUUUGUAUAAAUUACCAUAAAAUUUUUCAAAUUAUUUGUACCAUUUAUUGUAUAUUUUAUAUUAAUAAUAAGGAUUUUAAAAUAGAGUAUUUGAAAGUUCUUAUUAUUCUGUUCUUACAUUGCUAUAUUUCCUCUAUAAGAAAUAGAGCUUAUUUCCAGUGCAACUGCCAGAAAUUUUGUGUAUCAAAAUUGGCUUUUACAAAUGUUCUUUGAAUUAUGAUAUACCACUUAAAUGGAAGAAAUCUAACAUGGUGUUUACACAGUUGUAAGCUUCUUUCACUUACCAGAAAUUAUUAACUUAUAAAAAAUAAAAAUUUUACCCAUUAGUAAGUGGAAAAGGUGUAAAGCUUAAUUCCUUUUUGAAUGCCUACUAGUGUUCUGUUUUGGUUGUACUGUGUUAAGACUCUAUUCGAAGAAAUUUAACAUAGUGUUUGUACCCUGUUUAAUUUCAUGUACUGUUUCAUAUGUUAUACCAUGUAAGUAGAAGAAAUUAAAAGUUUACUUUUUUGAAUAAAAA